CUUCCACCAUUUUCUUCUUCAUCCAUCUCGCUCUUUAUCUAUUCCAACAGAUACAUUCUUUUGUUUUUCUCUUCAACAAUCAUAUCUACCAUUCAGAUUUCGGAGUUUGCCUGAUCGGUGAAUAAUAUGAAACGACACAGCUGACGCUCUACUUCUUGAAAUUCUUGAUUCUCCGAUUUUCCUUUUCAUCAUGGGAAACUACGUCUCUUGCAAGCUAGCAAACCCAUUAUUUCUCAAGAACUCAAAAUCAACAAAAGUGAUCUUCCCAUCUGGAGAAAUCCGGCAUGUCCACCAACCCACCAAAGCCGCUGAACUCAUGAUGGAGGAACCGAACUUCUUCAUCGUUAACUCCAAGUCCCUGAAAAUUGGCCGUAGAUUUUGCACUCUCAAUGCAGACGAUGACAUUCAAGAGGCAAAUGUGUACGUCAUGUUUCCAAUGCAUAGAAAGAACUCUGUGGUUACAGCAAGCGACCUAGGUGCUCUGUUCUUGAAUGCCAACUCUGCAGUGAAACGGGUUUCUGGAGGGAAAGUUAGGGUCCAGCCAGAUACUACUGUGGACGCACUGGACUCGGUGGCGGUGCCCAGGUUGAGCUUGGAAGGUAUAGAAGAAGUUUCAACACCAGAGUUUAGGCAUAGGAUUUCCAUGUCAAGGUCAAGGAAGCCAUUGUUGGAAACCAUAGAUGAAGAGCCCAUUCGUUCGAGAUAGAUAGUAAAAUAGCAACAUGGAUUCUUGUAUGGUUUCUCAGGCUCUGGAUUUGUUUGAGGAUCAAAGAGAAAUUAUGUUCUGGUGAAGAUUGAAGAUAAUCUUUCAAUUGGCAAAAUUAAAAACCAUGAAAAAACAUAUGAAAUUUGUGUAUACG